AUGUCCCUGUGUCCGACACUGGUGCGGACGGUUUCCCGUGGCCGCCCGGUCCGCUUUUGCUCUCGCCUAUGUCGUCCUCAGCGAGCGGCCGCGUUCUUUGCCCGCACUCCCCCCACUACCCCGACGCACCACCGUAGGUCGUUGCAUUAUUCGCCCAACCUCUUCAUGAAGCCGACGAACCCGGAUCCGGGGGAGAACCCAGCGCACGAACUGGCGCCCAAUAGCGAUGUUAACGUCGGUCGGAAGCGGCUUGCCGAUUUCGAUCUGAAGGGCAAGGUCUUCGUCGUGACCGGCGCGGCGAGGGGCCUGGGCCUCGCCCUGGCCGAGAGCCUGGUGGAGGCCGGAGGAAAAGUCUACUGCUUGGACCGGGAGGACGAGCCUGAUGAGCACUGGGCCGAGGCGAGGAGGAGGGUCGUUCCGGAGUGGGGAGGGUCGCUUCAUUACCGACAGCAGGACGUCCUGGACACGAAGGGCCUAGACAAGACGAUCACCGAUAUCGCGGACGAUCACGGCCGGCUCGAUGGCGUGGUUGCCGCGGCGGGCAUCCAGCAGGUGACGCCGGCCGUCGAGUACGAGCCGAACGACGUGGCCGACAUGCUGGCCAUCAACUUCACCGGCGUGCUGAUGACGGCGACGUCGGCCGCGCGCCAGAUGAUGAAGUACAAGACGCGCGGCAGCAUCUGCCUCGUGGCAAGCAUGAGCGGUAGCGUGGCGAACAAGGGUCUGCUGUCGCCCGUCUAUAACUCGUCCAAGGCGGCGCUGAUCCAGCUCGCGCGCAACCUCGCCAUGGAGUGGAGUCCGAUCCAGAAGGACGGCACGGGCGGCAUCCGCGUCAACUGCAUCAGUCCCGGCCACAUCCUGACCCCUAUGGUGCGCGACAUCUUCGACGAGAUCCCGGGCCUCCGCGAGCGGUGGGAGAGGGAGAACAUGAUGGGCCGCCUAGCGGAAACGACCGAGUUUAAGGGCGCCACUCUAUUCCUCCUAAGCAACGCAAGCAGCUUCAUGACCGGCGCUAAUCUCGUGAUCGACGGUGGACACACUUCGUGGUAGCUUUACCUACAGGCGUAGCGUACGGUGAACGGCGCCACCUCCGCCACCCGCUCGCUUCUGAAAGCUCAGAAAUAAAAGGAAUACACGUGUGUUGCUAUUUACUAUACAUGGUGCGGUACAUACCUGAUAUACGUAAUUACAUUUGGAUUUUUGAUACGGUAAUUGCAAUUUUUCACCGCCACCGUUUCUUGCAUAGUUAAGUCCUCGGACUUGCUGCAGCAGGGGUUGUAUACCUAGCUUCGGUGGAGGUUAAUGCUUAAUUAAACGCAAUCGUCCUACUCUGUAGAUUCGGAGUCUUAAGAUACACCCCUUACGCGUUUAUUUAGCAGCACGAACACCGGCGGACUGUCAGAUGCUGGAUUCUCGAUCGACCCGUUCGUACAGAAGCGUCUCGUUCGUCUGGCAAGGGGACGAGAACGAUAGGUAUACCGUUGCGUCGAAGAUCGAGAC